AUGAAAAUCCUAAGCUGGAACGCGCGGGGAUUGGGGAACCCGAAUGCGUUUCGACAUCUUAGAUUGCUUGUUUCUCAGCAAUCUCCCCAUGUUCUCUUUCUUAUGGAGACUCGGCUCAACAAUAAUUCUUUACCUCGUUUUCGUCACUCAUUGAAUUUCAGUCAUGGAUUGGAAGUUCCUCGUAUUGGUUUAAGUGGAGGUCUCAUGCUUUUAUGGAAAGACGAUAUCGAUGUGAAACUUAAUAAUUUUGGCUCUUGUUUUUUUGAUUGCUACAUGACUUCUAUUGCUGGUCCACAAUUUCAUUUUUCAGCUUUUUAUGGAUCUCCUACUGUACAGAAUAGAUCUGAUUCAUGGACACUUCUCCGUCGCCUUUCGGAUGUGGCGCCUAUGCAACCAUGGUUGGUUAUUGGCGAUUUUAAUGAGAUUUUGUCCAAUCAAAAUAAAUCAGGGGGUACCUUACGAAGUGAAUCACAAAUGACUGCCUUUCGUUCUGCUCUUGAUUACUGCCACCUCUCUGAUCCUCCUUUUCAAGGUGAUUGCUUCACUUGGGCAAAAAAAAGGACAGCAGUCAACACUCUCAAAGAAAGGCUCGACUGGUGUUUUGUCAAUGAUGCAUGGAAUUUGGCUUUUAAUCAACCAAAGGUAACUCACUUGGACUACUUUAACUCUGAUCAUCGAGCUAUAUCAGUUGUGUUAUCCAAUGCUUCAAUCUCUCACAAUCAUCAAAGACACAGUAGAUUUCGUUUCGAGAAGUUAUGGUUAUCGGACCCUGAAAGUAAGGAUAUAAUCUCUAAUUCUUGGCUAAAUGAUCAAGUUACUGACCCUAUUUGUGGUGUCCUCAACAACCUUGAAUCAUGUGCUCGAUCACUACAGUCCUGGCACAUCAAAAAAUAUGGCCGAAUGAAGCAUAAUAUUACUGCUGCACAAAAACGAGUUGACACUUUGAAUAACUCUCAUUCUCUGAAUAAUGAGACAGCAGCAACUCUGAAGCACCAUGAAUCCAUUCUUGAUGACUUGCUUGAACAAGAGGAGAUUUAUUGGCAUCAACGUUCUCGACUUGAUUGGAUGCAUUUGGGUGAUAAAAAUACAAAAUAUUUUCACUCAAAAGCCUCAGCAAGAAAGUCCAACAACAAAAUCACCUCUCUCUAUACAGAUGAUGGUACAAGAAUCACUUCCAAAUAG